AUGGAAGAAGAGGAAGGACUAAAGGAAAAUGUGGAAGCUGAAGAAGUGGAGAAAGAAGUUAUAGAGGAAAAGAGAGAGUGCAUGGUUGAUGGGUCUAGCCUCCAGAGUAAUUAUAAUAUGGGAUCCCUGACAUCUUUACCUAAGGAUUAUCAACAUACACCAACUGUGAAUCGGCCAAGCAGAAAUCCAGGGGAAGAAGAUGGCAAGGGGAGACCAGAUGAUAGGCUUGUCAGGAUCCGCAACAUAUUUACACUCUGUGGAAACUACAGAGAGCUCUCUCAAUAUGUGAUAAGUCCAGCACCUACUCUUGCAUCAGUUAAAUCAGAAAAUGAGCAGAAACUGACAGAAGAGAUAAACAAAAGUCGAGUAUGUGAUGAGAUGGCUUUGGCUUCCAAGGAAAACUACAACCCUUCAGAUGUGGUCACUGAUGCAGAUACUGAAGUGUAUGUGAAAUGGGAGGCUUCAAAAGAGAAUCCAGGGACGUUCAUUACAACAAUUAAGGUUGUAAAAGAUGCAAGCCUUGCUGACCUGCGAAAGUUGAUUGAAAUUUAUCUUGGUGACAAUCAAGCAUUCACUUUUCUCAUGCUUGGGGACCCCACUGGAGCUUCAGUACCAAAGGAGAAGGAAGCAACAAUUCAGGCCACUAAGCUUCCUCUAUGCAACAAUAAAUCAAAUGGCUACCUUGCCAGCUUGAGACCACCGAAGGGAAUGCAAAGCCCAAGUCAGCUCCCUUUAAGUCAUUUCCCAUUGAAAUCACUGGAAAAUAGACUACCACUAAUUAAAGUAAUUAAAAAAGACUAA